CCUAUACUUUGCAUAUCAUACUAUAUUGGAGCCAGCUUGAGUGUAUAAAUUGUUGUACGUUGAACAUUUUUCAAUACUAUUUAAGAGGAGACUACUGUGAUGGCUCAAGUGGCUAGAACAUUGCGUGCUGCUAUACGAAGUUUAACAUCACCAAUGAGGAGUUUCGGUAGUGCCCAACCUUUGCAGGAAGCUGCUUUAGAGGAACGUUGUAUUCUUGUUGAUGAGUCGGACAAGCCUCUUGGUGAUGCCACAAAAAGAGACUGUCACAUUGUUAAUUCUAAUGGACAAGUUUUACUUCAUAGAGCAUUUAGUGUCUUUUUAUUCAAUGGUAAAGGAGAACUAUUACUUCAAAAAAGGUCUCCCAAUAAGAUAACAUUCCCAAACCGUUAUACAAAUACAUGCUGUAGUCAUCCAUUAUUUGAAAUUCCUGAAGAAACUGAAGAACAUGAGGCACUAGGAAUUCGUAGAGCAGCAAGAAGAAGACUGAAUUUUGAGUUAGGAAUUCCUUUGUCAGAAAUUUUGCUAUCAGAUUUUUUCUACUUAACAAGAAUUCAUUAUCAAGAUGUGGAAGGUAUAUGGGGUGAACAUGAAAUAGAUUAUGUGUUAUUUAUACAAAAAGAUAAUGUAACAUUGGAUCCAAAUCCAGAUGAAAUCAGUGAAAUUCGUUGGGUAUCAAAAUCAGAAAUCAAAGAUAUUGAGAAAAAUCUUAGUCCAUUGAGUCCCUGGUUUAAAUUAAUUCUUAAGCAUAAAUUGUCAUCGUGGUGGGAUAAUCUACAUUCAUUAGAAAAAAUACAAGAUCAUAAAACAAUACAAAGAUUUUUAUAAUACCUUUGAACAAAGAAUUAAGUUCAAUAGCCUUAUCACACAUAACGUUAAUUAAGGUAUUUUAUUACCAUCCAAAUAUUUAAAUAAUUAAUAACAAAAGAUUUGAGGAUGAAAUCCGUACAAGAUGAUUAGUUUUAUGCAAUAAGUUGUACACUAUAAAUAUAAUGCAGUAUAAGUACAAAAGUAAAUUUGUUCAUAUAAACUUGCACUUUGUAAAUAUUGAAAUAUUUAAUAUAAUUUUGAUAACUUGGCUAAUUACCAUUAGACAAUUUGUAUACUUAUAUAAAUUUUGUGAAUACAUUUUUGUCAUAGGAAAAAUAAUUUUGUAAAUAUAUAGUAAACCAUGAACUAAUCUUUCUUAAAUACUAUUUUCUUACUAAAAAGUGUGUAAAUAAAAAGUAAAACUCAAAAAUACGAAGAUAUAAAAAUUUUA